AUGGCUUCCGAUGCUGAUAUGGAGGACUAUGGAUUUGAGUACUCUGAUGAGGAACAAGAAGAACAAGAUGUUGAUAUCGAGAAUCAAUAUUACAAUUCAAAAGGUUUGGUUGAAACUGAUCCAGAAGGUGCACUUUCUGGGUUUUCCGAGGUAGUCGGCAUGGAACAAGACAAAGCAGAAUGGGGAUUUAAAGCUCUGAAGCAAACUGUCAAGCUUUAUUAUAGACUUGGAAGAUAUAAAGAGAUGAUGGAAGCCUACAGGGAGAUGUUGACAUAUAUCAAAUCAGCAGUGACCCGUAACUAUAGUGAAAAAUGCAUAAACAGCAUUAUGGACUAUGUGUCUGGUUCGGCUAGCCAGAAUUUUGGCCUUCUGCAGGAGUUCUACCAAACAACUCUUAGAGCUCUUGAAGAAGCAAAGAAUGAGAGAUUGUGGUUUAAGACAAAUUUGAAGCUGUGUAAGAUUUUCUUUGACAUUGGGGAAUAUGGACGGAUGAGUAAGAUCCUUAAGGAACUUCACAAAUCUUGUCAAAGAGAGGAUGGUACAGAUGACCAUAAGAAAGGAACUCAACUUUUGGAGGUUUAUGCAAUUGAAAUUCAAAUGUACACAGAGACCAAGAACAACAAAAAACUCAAGCAACUUUACCAGAAAGCACUUACUAUUAAGUCUGCAAUUCCCCAUCCAAGGAUAAUGGGGAUAAUCCAUGAAUGUGGGGGUAAAAUGCACAUGGCAGAGCGCCAGUGGGCUGAAGCAGCUACGGAUUUCUUUGAAGCUUUCAAGAAUUAUGAUGAAGCUGGGAACCAGAGGCGUAUCCAAUGCUUGAAGUACCUCGUUCUUGCCAACAUGUUGAUGGAGUCUGAAGUAAAUCCAUUUGAUGGGCAGGAAGCUAAGCCAUACAAGAAUGACCCUGAGAUAUUGGCAAUGACAAAUCUCAUAGCAGCCUAUCAACGGAAUGAAAUAUUGGAAUUUGAGAAAAUCCUGAAGAGUAACAGACGAACCAUCAUGGAUGAUCCAUUUAUCAGAAAUUACAUUGAGGAUUUGCUAAAGAAUAUCAGAACACAGGUCCUGCUGAAACUCAUCAAACCAUAUACAAGAAUCAGGAUCCCAUUUAUAUCUAAGGAACUUAAUGUACCUGAGCAUGAUGUUGAGCAGCUACUGGUGUCACUUAUUUUGGAUAACAGAAUUCAAGGACACAUUGAUCAAGUGAAUCGGCUCUUGGAACGCUCUGAUAAGUCGAAAGGAAUGAAGAAGUAUACAGCUGUGGACAAAUGGAAUACACAACUUAAAUCUCUUUAUCAAACUAUCAACAACAGAGUUGGUUAA